CGCUGGACUGUCAACAGAGAAUAUGGCGCCGCUCUCUAGUUAGUUUAACUCAGCUCGACGUUACAAAUGGAAGGUGGAAGCUCUCGGUGCUGUUAAAGAUCAUCAGAGCGGCAGGAGGCAGAAUACUGAGCUGAAGUCAUGGUCCUGAAGAUCUUCUUCCCGCAGUGCUGUAACCGGGCGGAGAGCGGGCUGCUGGUCGGUCGCUGGAUCUCCGGCCACAACUCUGCUGUGGUGCUGGCGGUCAUCCACUACCCGUUCAUCCCCGGACAGGUCAAACAGUACCUCCAGCAGAUGCGGGCCCAGAGUCGGGUGGAGCUGUCGGUGCUGGGCUCGUGGAGUCUACCCAAAGAGGGUCAGGAGGGCAUGGAGAGCUUCCUCAGAGACCUCAGCACCAUCUUCCCUCAGGAACGCUGGCUCCAGAUCAACCGUGAGAUGGGAAAGACGGGCUUCACCUGCCAGGUCCUCAGCCGGGAUCAGAAUGGAAGAGCAGCUCAGCAGGAGACAAAGAAGAAGACCGAGGAGGGUGAUGGAGAGGCUGGAGGUGAUGAAGAGGAGAAGGUGAUCUUUGUCCACUACGAGCAGAGGAAGGUGAUGUUGUCGCAGCUUCACCCCAUUGAAAACGGAGUUCCUGACCCCAAAACUGACCCACCAUCUGAGCUGAGACAGAUGUUCCAGACGGUGGCCCACAGCCAGCCUCUGUUCUUCAUGGACAAAUACGACGACGGGCCACUGAAGUCCACACACUGGCAGUCUGAAGGUCGAGAGGCCAGCAUCGUCGUGGAGCUGCUCAAACAGGCCUCCGUGCCGCUCUGCCUGCUCGUCAGCUGGCUGCUGUCCGUAUGGACCUGGAUCUGUAACAUCCGGAUCUUCAGUCUUUAUCCGCUGCGCUUCCUGUCCAGCAAGCUGUCCACCUGUGACCAGCUCAGCUACAGAACCGAACAAAUGAGGACGCUCAGCUCAGUGAAACCAGCCGUCGGACACACACACUUCAUGAGAAAAGCGAACAUCUUGGUGUCGUUCCUGGUGGACGUGGCUCUCGGCGUGUUGCUCAUGUCGUGGCUCUACAGAGACAACCACAUCACCAUGUUGGCCAACACACUGGUGCCUGCAGCUGAUCAUGUGGCCAAAGAGCUGGACGAGCUGCUGCAGUGGCUGAUGGGAGCUCCUGCGGGGCUGAAGAUGAACCGGGCCCUGGACCAGGUUCUGGGCCGCUUCUUCCUCUACCACAUUCACCUGUGGAUCAGCUACAUCCACCUGAUGUCUCCCUUCAUCGAGGGGAUUCUGUGGUACGGGGGCCUGUCAGCCUGCCUGGGCCUGACCUUCGCCCUCUCUCUGCUCUCUGACAUGGUUGCUCUGCUCACCUUCCACAUCUACUGCUUCUACGUGUACGGAGCCAGGCUCUACUGUCUGAAGAUCUACGGCCUCUCGUCUCUCUGGAGGCUCUUCAGAGGGAAGAAGUGGAACGUCCUGCGGCAGAGGGUGGACUCCUGCUCCUACGACCUGGACCAGCUCUUCAUCGGAACGCUGCUGUUCACCGUCCUGCUGUUCCUGCUGCCCACCACAGCUCUCUACUACCUGGUCUUCACUCUGUUGCGGCUGGUGGUGGUGCUGUUCCAGGGCGUCCUCCACCUCAGCGUGGACUUCAUUAACUCCUUCCCUCUAUUUGCGAUGGGCCUCCGCCUCUGUCGCUCCUACAGGCUGGCAGAGGGCGUGAAGUUCAGGGUGCUGUGUGAGGAGCCGGGGACGGCGCUUCACCUGCUGAUGGAGAUUAACCCUCUGAAGUGCAGCACAGUGGUUCAGACCUACCGCACCCCGACUUACAGCUGUUACCCCAAAGACUCGUGGGUUGCCCUGGUCAAGAAACUGUUUGUUGGGGAGCUGAUUUACCCCUGGAGACACAAAACCACCAAAACUGACUGAGAGGCAUCAGAAAUGUGAGAGAGAUGAGGGGACGGAGGAAAAGGAAGUGACUGAAUAAAUAAUGAGAUGGAAACACACAGAUGGAGGGAAAGAGGGGGAACUCAGUACGAAGACCUUUGAGUUAAGCUUCUUUCAUGUCGGAUGAACGAAGAACGCCACACAGCUGCAGAGUCAUCGCACUUUUUAUCUGAUUGGUUGUUUUCUGAUCAGCCAGAAGACGAACAAAAAUGAGUCGACGUUUUAGAGCACAAUGAACACGGCAACGCCAGCCACAAGCCUAAAAACCAGCAAGUAGUCAUGUCCCACUGUUGUUAUAAGACCUGUGAUCAUAAAAUGUACAGAACAUGAACCUGAUGAAAAUCCUUCAUUCUCAGUCAUUUUAUUCAGGAAAAUCCUGCCAGUGUGUCGACAUCAGGUGUUUUCUUUAGUUGUGGAGGAAAUUAAAUAUAAGAACUGGAAGGUGGAGUGAACAGUACUUUACUUCUCCACGUCAUGAAGGACCAAAGCCGUGUGUUUGAAUGAUCUCGUGAAUCCAGCUGUUGUUAGCAGAAGGUGUUAUAUGACAGUGCAGCAUGAGUGACAUAAGCACUGUGAGCCAAUAGAAAGGCAGCAGCAUAACACAAACAAACAGUGACAAACCGGCAGCAGCUUUUCAUUCUGCUUCGCUGAGCUCAUUCAUGUUCCCCACAGAGUAAACCCUUCCUCCUUCUACAACACACAACAACACAACUCCAUGAGCUUUCCUGUAGCACCACCUGUAGGACUUCACGACAGACACCUCAUAAUCUGAAAGGUGUGCUGUCAUGAGAAAUGAUGAGCACAUUUAUGUAAACGUAUUGGUUUCAGUAACUCCACCUUCGCUCCAGCCCCACCCAUCAAGACAAACUUGACAUAACAAAUGUUGCAGCUGUACGAAUCACUACGUCACCAGUAUGUCACUGGUUCCCUCCAACGCGUUGAACACUGGAGCUCCUAGAGACGUUUUAGAAGUCGUCUUAAAGCGAGACAAUAACUUUUGCUGGACAGCAGCCACUGUGACCACAUGGGAAAAAUUAUGGGAUGAUGCUCAAUGCUAAAAUAUAGCAUAACAGUAGCAGAAGUAGAAAAGAGACUCAGUUUUUAGUGUGGAAAUUGAAUUUGACCUUGAAAACAGCAGUUGGAGAAAAAUCUUAAGGCCCGCUGUGUAGCCUUUAAAGCCUGCAUGGGUCCACUAACACGGGGCAGAAUUCCACAUAGACAUCAGGUAUUUAUGUAUUAACUGCACUGACCAUGUAGAUUUAUUAGAUUUUAUAUUAUUAGAAUUAAAGCAAGAGUCUACUUCAAAUGAUACUAACUGGACAAACCAUUUUUUAUUGCUUUUAAAUGCAAAGUUUUUUAAUCUUAAGAGUUUAAGUUGAAUGAUUUAGUGUUUUACUUUAGUUUCAUUGAUUGUCGUAUUCCCUUCAUACGCUGACAGAGGGACACGAGGGUCAUGCUGUACUAUUAUGGUACAAAGCAAAUCCUUAUAAGUAAGACUGAUUCUGCUCAGGGUCAGUUUGUCAGCGUUGUCUUUUUUGUUUUGUUAAUGUGCCUAUUCAUCUCAUUUUUUAUGAAGAAGAGUCGACCUGAACCAGCUCUCAUUAACAGAAACGGUCGAUACAUCAGACGGCUUUGUGGCUGAAGCAGUCCACCUGCUUUCAGUCUUUGUGCUAAGCUAAGCUAAACACAUUGUGGCCGGUCUGAUGUUCAUUCUGUCAUUUGACUCUUUUUUUUUUGGUUCGGCAGCAAGCAACACAUCAGCCUGUUCAGACUAUUUCUUUAAUGUGAAUUAUUUCUGUUUUAUUUUACCUCAUGCUUUGCACCCCUCCCCACUUUAGCAUCCUCAGCACCGAUUUGUCAUUUCUUACAGUGAAUCUGUUAAAUUUGUUGACUUAUUUUUAAUUAACCUUUUAUUUUAUCAUCCCCUAUUUAGCUGUUGUGAAUCUUCCAUUGCCAUUUGAUAAAAUUAAUGCAUAUUUAAUUUGCUGAUGUCUCUUCUUUUCAGAUGAUCCCUUCUUAUCUGUUCAUAAAUAGCUAA